UGAAGAAGUUCCGCGCAAGAUGGCUGCUGGGUGUCGGCGUGUGAAGGGCUUGGUAGCGCUGAUAACCGGAGGAGCCUCGGGCCUAGGUCUGGCCACAGCGGAGCGACUGGUGAGGCAGGGGGCGGCUGCUGUACUUCUGGACCUGCCCAGCUCGGAUGGGGAGGCCCAAGCCAAGAAGUUAGGGAGCAGCUGCACCUUCGCCCCCGCCGACGUGACCUCAGAGAAGGACGUGCAAGCAGCCCUGGCUCGAGCAAUAGAAAAGUUUGGCCAUGUGGAUGUGGCAGUCAACUGUGCGGGCAUUGCAGUGGCUAACAAGACAUACAAUCUAAAGAAGAGGAAGGCCCAUUCCUUGGAGGACUUCCAGCAAGUUCUCAAUGUGAAUCUUACAGGGACGUUCAAUGUGAUUCGCCUGGUGGCUGGCGAGAUGGGCCAGAAUGAACGAGACCAGGGAGGCCAACGUGGGGUCAUCAUCAACACUGCCAGUGUGGCUGCCUUUGAGGGUCAGGUUGGACAAGCUGCAUACUCUGCUUCCAAAGGAGGCAUAGUGGGCAUGACACUGCCCAUUGCUCGAGAUCUGGCUCCCAUGGGCAUCCGAGUGAUGACCAUUGCUCCAGGCCUGUUUGGCACCCCACUGCUGAAUAUCCUCCCAGAUAAGGUUCGUAACUUCUUGGCCAGCCAGGUGCCUUUUCCCAGCCGACUGGGUGACCCUGCUGAGUAUGCUCAUCUGGUACAGGCCAUCAUCGAGAACCCAUUCCUCAAUGGAGAGGUCAUUCGGCUGGAUGGGGCCAUCCGCAUGCAGCUCUGAAGGGAGAUGACUGAGUACACAUCCGCGUCUGCCCUGCCAUCUCCCGGGGUUCUAAUCAUUAGCUUGGAAGGAACCCCAGUAGCCAUAUUGUACCUCUGCCCAGCAGUCACCCUCUAUGUCUAGUAAAGUCUAUAUUUUUUUAUAA